AUGGUGAACAGCUGGUUUUACCGCGUCGCACAGAUCAUUCUCAACCGAUGCGGUCGCACGCGCGGAGGAGCGGCCGCUACUCAAACUUCUCGUCGCUUGUUCUCUGACGAUCCCGUUCCCGAAAAGCGCGGAGGGCCGUGGACGCUUGUGGAGCGUAACGGAUGCAUCGUUCGGUGGCAAGUUCUCACUGCUGUACUUGGCUUUACGCACUGCUUGGAUAUCUGUCCCAACGAGUUGGUCUGCAAUGGCGACGUGCUGGACAAGCUGGAGGGCGAUAAGAGCCCAGAGGUUGUGCCGUUGUUCAUCACAGUGAACCCGAAGCGAGAUACGAUUGCCCAGAUGCUCACAGGCACUAGCGCAGACAUUGCCAAGACGUAUCGCGUUUACUUUUCCAAGGCGGACGAGAACGACGACGACGAUUACCUUGUGGAUCACUCUAUCGCGAUGUACCCGCCCACUCCUCUCCCUGCUCUUGAGCACCGUGAGGAGAUCCUGCAGGCUUUAAACGACCACCAAGUCGUUGUCUGUGUAGGUGAGACUGGGUCCGGUAAGACCACACAACUCCCGCAGUUUUUGCACGUAUGUGGAGCGUAUACUAGCUCAAAAGGUGGAGGUGACGAGAAAUCCCAGUGUAUCGCCAUCACGCAACCCAGACGAGUCGCUACCGUCUCCGUGGCCCAAAGAGUGGCCGAGGAGAUGAACACGAGGGUUGGAGGCGACGGGGUCGUGGGGUACUCCAUCAGGUUCGAGUCUCGCUGCAGUGUAAAUACGAAACUCAAGUUCCUGACUGAUGGAGUGCUUGUUCGCGAGUGUUUGAGUGACCCGUUACUCCAAAAGUACAGCGUCGUGAUGCUGGACGAAGCUCAUGAACGCAGUGUCCACACAGAUCUGCUCCUUGGGUUAUUAAAGCAAGUAACGAAGAGAAGACCAGAGUUCCGAGUGCUUAUCACGUCUGCCACGUUGGAUGCUGAACGGUUCGCAGAGUUCUUUGGCGAAUCAAUUGGAAAGAAGUCGAAGAAGAAGGUGAAGCCAUGUCCUAUUGUGAAAAUCCCUGGGCGAGUCUUUCCCGUGGAUAUUUUUCACUCCAAACAGCGCCAGAUCAUGGGACACAGAGGCCCGCUAUCCACCUACGUCCGUGCAGCAGUGGAGACGACGAUGCAGGUGCACAACAGUGAAGAGCCAGGACAUAUCUUGGUAUUCCUUACCGGUCAACGUGAAAUCGAGGACGCGUGUGCCCAAAUGCGAGCGCUGCACAGAGAACAGGAGCGAAGAAGUGAUGGGAUGGAACUCCGAGUGCUGCCCUUGUACGGCGCCUUACAAGGCCAAAGACAGCGUGAAAUAUUCGACGCUGUGUCCGUAAGUCGAGUUCGUAAAGUGAUUGUGGCUACAAAUAUCGCCGAGACGUCGUUGACUAUUGACGGAGUUCGGUACGUCGUGGACUGUGGCUUUACGAAGCAAAAGGUGUACAACCCGGUGCAGCAGAUGGAGUCGCUUGUAGUUGUGCCGAUCUCCAAGGUGUCAGCUCAGCAACGUGCUGGUCGAGCGGGUCGAACGGCGCCUGGGAAGUGCUAUCGACUGUACAACAAGACGUCGUACGAGGAGAUGGCUCAAGAGACUGUACCGGAAAUCCAACGGACGAAUCUCGCUAACACUGUGCUGUACCUGAAGCUGCUCGGUGUCCAGGAUGUGAUUGGCUUUCCGUACUUGGAUCCUCCUGACGAGGACUCGUUGCUGGAUGCUUUAAAGCAGCUGUAUGUGCUCGGAGCGUUGGAUGCCACUGGAGAAGCGACAGCGCUCGGGAAGCUCAUGGCAGUCUUCCCGUUAGAACCCAAACUCUCGCGUGCUUUAGUGGAGUCGUUACUACUGGAUUGCAGUCGCGAAAUGACGCAAGUAGUUGCGAUGCUGUCAGUGGAGAAUGUUUUGAUUGACGCUCAGCAGAACAAGAAGAGAAAGAAUCGAGAUGGCAGUGACGAGGGCGAAGAUUGGGAACAAAACAUGUUGACACUGAGAGAAGAUGGGCUUCUACAUGAAGAUGGAGACCAGCUCACGUAUCGACUGUUACUCAAGGCGUUCGAGUCCAAAGCUCGUAGCGCUCAAGGUCGUCGUCGCGAUGUCGAGCGUUGGUGUGACGAUCGUCGUCUUCGCUUUCGUGCCCUGACGAUGGCUGGAUCCAUCGUCAAGCAGCUUCGAGACAUCCUCGACACGCUGUCGAGGCGUGACGUUGAAGCCGUCAAGGGAGAAAAGGACGACAGACGAGAUGCCUCACUGGACGAUCGUCUCCGUCAAUCACUUUGUGCGGGUUUCUUCAUGAAUGCAGCGCGUCGAUGCACGAUGGAGACUGUGUACCGUUUAGUAAACCACGACGACGGCAAGAAAGUUGCUCACUUGGUGCAGUUCCACCCGCUCUCGGUCAUGUGCUACACUGCUCCACCCGAAUUUUGUGUAUACCAAGAGCUUGUGGUUACCAGUAAACCAUUCAUGCGUGGUGCAUUGGCAGUCGAGCGUCGGUGGCUGGAUUACUAUAGUAAGGACAAACUGAACGUGCCAGCAGCGCAACUCUACGCUCUGUGUGGACGCAAAUCUCGAGUCGAGGGAAAAGAUCAAGAACAAGUCACAACGCAGCAGAGUGCUGACACAUCUCAAGGUAAUUCAGCUGAAACUUCAAAGCCCCUUGCUGUGUCUGCUGAUGCUGUUGCGGCGGCUCGUGCUCGCUUCCUGGCGCGCAAGAAACGCUCAUAG